AUGGCGGCCCCCAUCUCGGUGUGCGACUUUGUGCGGCAGGUGCAGGAGGACCUCAGCUCGCCCACCACCUCUGCCUUCGCCAGCCACAUGGGCCGCUGCAAGACCACUGUCAACAGCCUGGAGGAGGCCUUGGAUGCUGACCGAGCUGUGCUGCAGAAGAUGAGGAAAGCGGCCAAGGCGGAGCACAGCUGUGGACAAGACCUUAUCAGCCACCUCGAAGCCCACAUCACUGCCCAGGAGAAGUUCUCAGCCAACUACCAGCUGGAGGGCGAGGACCAGCUGGCCAGUGCCUUUAGCACCUUUGCUGCCUUCUCCCAGGAGCUGCUGACCGCUGUCAGGAGCCUGUGGCAGAGUUUGUACCACAACAUUAACUUUUCCCUGGAGUCAUUAAUAAAGGGUGACAUGAAAGAGCUCAAAGGGGAGUUCAAGAAGCCCUUUGAGAAGGCCUGCAAAGACUAUGAGAGCAAACUCGCCAAGAUCGAGAAGGAGAAGCGCGAGCUGGCAAAGCAGCACGGAAUGGUGCGGAGCGAGGUGAGCGGGGGGGAGAUCGCCGAGGAGAUGGAGAAGGAGCGCAGGACCUUCCAGUUGAACAUGUGUGAGUAUCUAAUCAAAGUGAAUGAGAUCAAAACCAAGAAAGGGAUUGACCUAUUGCAAAACCACAUCAAGCACUGCAGCGCACAGUUCAAUUUUUUCCAGGAAUGUUUAAACACAACAGCAAAACUUAAGAAGUUUACAGAGAAGCUCAUCCCGGAGCUGCAGAGUAUGAAGAGCAGGCAGGACGAGGAGAAGAAGCAGCUCUGCUCUCUUCGGGAUCAGCUGAAAGCGGCGUUGCAGCUGGAGCAGAAAGAGGACCCUGGGAACAAACAGGCAGGGUACAACAUGCACCAGCUGCAAGGAAACAAGCAGUACGGCACGGAGAAGUCGGGGACCCUCUUCAAGAAAAGUGAUGGGUUGAGAAAAGUCUGGCAGAAGAGGAAAUGCACCAUCAGCAAUGGCUACCUGACCAUCUCUCACAGCAUGCUCAACCGCCCACCAGCCAAGCUGAAUUUACUGACCUGCCAGGUGAAGCCAAACACGGAUGACAAGAAAUGCUUCGAUCUGGUUUCCCACAACCGCACGUACCACUUCCUGGCAGAGGAUGAGCAGGACUGUGUCGCCUGGGUGUCCGUCCUCAGCAAUAGCAAGGAGGAGGCGCUGAACGUGGCCUUCAGCAAGGCGCAGGGUGGAGAGGAGAGCAGCCAGGAGGAGCUGACCAAGGCCAUCAUCAAGGAGGUCAGAGGCAUGCCUGGGAACAGGGAGUGCUGCGACUGCUCGGCCCCAGAGCCCACUUGGCUCUCCGUUAACUUGGGCAUCCUGAUCUGCAUUGAGUGCUCUGGGAUUCACAGAGAGAUGGGUGUGCAUCUCUCCCGCAUCCAGUCGCUGUCUCUGGACAAGUUGGCAACCUCUGAAUUGCUGCUGGCGAGGAAUGUCAGCAACUCUGGCUUCAACAACAUCAUGGAAGCAAAUCUCCCCAGCUUUUCCUUGAAGCCCACAGUGCACAGUGACAUGGUCUUUAGGAAAAAUUUCAUCAUUUCCAAGUAUGUUGAGAAGAAAUAUGCCAAGAGGAGCCCUGCUGCUCAGUGCUCCAGCCUCCCAGAAGCUGUCAAGGACAAGGACAUAUUUUCUUUGCUCCAAGCAUAUGCGGAGAACAUGGAUUUGAGCAAGCCUGUGCUGGCACCCGUGCAGGAACCUGGGGAGACCAUUCUCCACCUGGCAGUGGUGUUGUCUGAUCGAACCUCUUUGCAUAUCGUUGAUUUUCUUGUCCAGAACAGCGGGAGCCUGGCAAAACAGACGGCAGAGGGGAACACACCACUUCACUACUGCUGCUCUCACAACAAACCCGAGUGUGUCAAGCUGCUGCUGAAGGCCAAAGCCAACAUUACAAUCACUAAUGAAGCGGGAGAGACGGCCCUGGAUGUUGCCAGGAGGAUGAGACAUCCCUUGUGUGAAGAGCUGCUGCUGCAGGCCCAGAGCAAUCAGUUCAACCCCAACGUCCACGUGGAGUAUGAGUGGUGGCUGGGCCAAGAUGACAUGUAUGAGAGCGACGAGGACCUGGAUGAGAAGCUGGGUCCUGAGAAGAGGGGGUCUGCCCGUCCCCAGAGCUGCUACCACCCACCUGCUGCAGCUCCCAGGCCUCCCCAGGGGGCAUAUCCACCCCUCCUUACCAGCUCGUCUGUCUUUGCUGAGGAAACAAGAAGCAGGAGGGGCCCACCCCUGCCUCUGAGCAUCAAGCACAAGCGCACAUCCUCGGAGCCAGCGCCUUGGGUACCGCUCAGCCCUGAGCAGCCCAGCCUGACCAGCCCUGCUCCAGGUGCCCUGAAAGCCAUGGAUCCCCUCUGCAUGCCUGGCCCACACCGAUCCCUCCAGGAGCCAGAUCCAUGUUCUGGCCGUGCCUGGGAUGUCCCACCUCUCCUUCCUCGGAGGAGCAGUUUGAACAGACUGCUGCUCCGCAGGGUCCGCGCUCUCUAUGACUGUGAUGCUGACCGGGAAGAUGAGCUGACUUUCCGCACAGGCGAGAUCAUUGUGGUGUCUGAAAAGGAGGACAGCAACUGGUGGAAAGGGUGGAUUGAAGGACAGCCUCAUAGGCAAGGUGUCUUCCCUGCUUCCUUUGUUCAUGUGCUCAAUGAGUAG